GUAACAUUAACUGUAAUUGUAUCAAUAAAGUUAUUUUGUAGAUUAAUUAAAUAAGUAUAAGGCUUGUGAGAUACUUUUACGUUAUUUAACUGCUAUUCAAAUGAAGAUAGAGUUUGUUCAAAUAUCAGACCCAUUUUGUAGCCAAGUGACUUUCAAUAUUAGCUAUAAUUUAAAUCCAUUUAUAAAACUUGUAUUUAAUAACGUACCAAUUAGAAAAUUAGAUGAAGGACAAAUACCAUUAAAAUUAAAUGAAAUAUUUAAAAAGCUAAUUGAUGAUGAAGAUUAUUUUGACCUAGAAGAACUAAAAAAAUGUAUUAAAAAAUUUAAGCUUAUUGAGCUAAGAAAUCUAGAAUCUGGUUUUAAUUCUACUUUACCAUACCUAAUAAUUUUUGACUUUUUGUACGGAAAGAGUCAAUCAGAAUUAGACGAAAUAUUGAACACAAAAAGAAUUUUUAAUAAACUUCUCAGUGAAGAUAUCUUGUUUUGGAAAAAUAUUUUAAGAGAUUAUUUAUUAAAUGAUCACAAAGUAAUUGUAAGAGGAAUACCAUCUAUAAAAAAACAUAAUGAGCUAGCUAAUGAAGAAAUUCAAAGAGUAUCACAACGCAAAAAAGAUUUAGGAGAUGAUGGUUUAAAAUUAAAAGCUAAUGAGCUACUGAAUGCUAUAAAAGAAUGUGAAUUACUUAUCAGUGCUUGAACUGUACACACGUAUGGUACGAACGGUGACUCGCUUAUCUCUACACUUGUUAUAUACGUUUAGUUUUGUGUUUCUUAUUGUGCGGUGUUAAUAAUCAUUCGUAAAAUGUUAUGUAUUAUUUGUAAUGAUGAUAUUUUUGAUGGCGAUAACCUAAAUUGGACCAAAUGCAAUGCAUUAUUGCAUUUCGGAU